AUGAAGUUUCAACUUACUAUCCUUACUCUGGCUGUUCUAGCCCUUGCAAAGCCUCAGGCUCCUCCCGAUCCAGCCCCAGCUCCCCCUGAUCCAGCACCAGCUCCUCCUGACCCAGCUCCAAGUCCCCCCUCAACCUCUGAGCCGCCUGCUCCUCCCCCUGACCCCCCAGCUCCGGCACCUCCAGCUCCUCCUCCCGUCCCUCCUCCGGCUGAUCCCCCGGCUGACCCUCCCACCGAGCCGUCUCAACCCCCUCCUCCGCCACCUCCGUCUCAGCCUGCACCUCCUCCAUCCGGACCAGCUCCUGUCCCUCCCCCAGCUACUCCGGCCCCAGCACCUCCUCCGGACCCAAGUCCCCCUCCACCUCCGAGUUCAACCGCCGAGCCUCCUCCUCCCGAGGGACCAAUCUGCGAAUGCGGCUACACUUACUGCUCUUCAGUCCUCAAGGGCAUGGACAACCCGUGGAAUGAGGAUCAAAUCUCGCAGGCAUACUGCGGCACGCCCAAUGUGAAAUGCGACGGCGAAUCACCAACCAGCAGCAUAGACAAUGCGCUGUUCAUCUGCCUAUGCGACCAGCCAAGCCAGAAAAUCGGAAACCAUCUCGAGCUUCUUUGCGGCUGCGACAAGUGUCUCGUUGUCAAGCCUGACUACAGAGGAAGAUGCAAGACUCCCCCGUUGGCUGGCAAGGGCGGCAAGGGUGAUGGGAAGGAUAAUAAGGUCAGAGGAACCAAUCCACUCGGCUUCUGGAUGUAG